AUGGGUUCCAAGCCUACUAAAGAGAGCAGUCAGCCUCCAAUUACUGCACCUCUUCCACUUCCACCUCCAACCCCACCACCUGCUCAUCCUCAAUUCAGAUUGAUCAUUACACCCCCUCCAAUUGAAAUCGCUCCACGAAGAUCUUCUGCAUUCUCCUUGAACUCUUUUGAACUAUUUAAAGAACAAAAGUUUCUCAGACACGGAUUAGGUCUCGAAAGAUUUAAUCAACCUUACAAUACCAGGUUCCCAUUGUUGAACAUCGGAAACUAUUCCUAUCAAGAAGAUCCUCCUCGGAAAGUCCGAACUCUCACUGGCAAGGAAAUCGAGCUCGAUGUCGAAGCUGACAACAAGAUCGAGAGAGUUAAGGAAAAGGUCGAGGAGAAAGAAGGCAUUCCACCCGUUCAACAGCGUUUAAUUUAUGGCGGCAAGCAAAUGGCCGACGACAAGCUAGUAAAAGACUACGAACUCGAACCUGGAGCGACACUACAUUUAGUUCUCGCACUCCGCGGCGGCAUUUGAAAAUCUCCCGUGUCCUUUUCCUGUCAACUUUCGACCGCGUUGCUGCCUACCGAAAUACCCCGCAACUCCUUCACGACUUUUUACGCAUUCGAGCAAGUUUUCAUUGGUUACGUCUCUUUUUUCCCCCUUUUCACGAUACGAUACGAUACGAUACAAUGCGAUGCGAUGCGAUACGAUGAGAUUACAUUGAUGGGCAGAUGAUUGGGCAUUUCAUUGAUGGAUGACGCAAAAAUUCCGAAUAUUAUACAAUGGGCGGUUUUCUGCGUGCCUGCAUGAAUUCGAUUUUGGCUGUCUGAUAUGGGAUUAGAUUUUCAAUAGACCGCGCAUAUCUCAAUAAUAAACUCUUCA